UGCUCACAGAGUCCCUUUAAAGGCGAACAGGUGCAGCAGCUCCCACAGAUUUACCUGCUGCAGUGAUGCUUUCAGGCUGCACUUCACUUCCUCCUGUCACACCAUGACGACCUGUUCUACACCUGCAACGCACCUAUGCAGCGCACAACUAAGGCCGGAGUGUCCGCCCUCUGAUGAUCCUGCAGCUCACCUGAGGUCACCCAUAUCUACUCUGUGCACACCUGAGCAGUCAGCGUCAUGUUGGAGCUUCCAGCAGGACUCGUGUCAGUCGUGUCCAGUUUGCCUGCAGACCGCCAGCUUCCCCGUCCAGACCAACUGUGGUCACCUGUUUUGUGCUCCGUGUCUGAUGGCGUACUGGAGACACGGGUCCUGGCUGGAUGCCAUCAGCUGUCCUCUCUGCAGACAGAAGGUCAGCGUGUUGUGUCAUCUUUUCAAAGAGAGUCGAUCAGACCGUCAGUCAAAAGAAGUUCUUGUGGAAAUCAGCGACUACAACAAACGUUACUCUGGAGCUCCGAGGAGGAUAACAGACUACCUGUGUGACGCCCCCCUCCUGCUGCAGGUGCUGGUCCGGGGUCUGGGCACGAUGGGAGGACUGGUGUGGCUGUUUUUGUUCAGGGUGGCUCUGUGCUGCGUAGGGACGGUGGUGUCCAUCUCCUCCCCUCCUCUGGACCCUGCCUCCUCAGCUGGAUCCCCUCUGGAGACUGACCCCUCCCUCUGUGGACUGCUGGGGGUCCUGGAUGACCUUGUGGUGGUCAUCCUGCUCCUCAUCUGUGUUAUCAACAUCAACCAGCAGAUGGCGCCAGACACAGAAGAGCAGUCAGGGGACACUGCGAGCUAAAGACACUGUGUUGUGAUUUCAAACUGUGUAUUUUAAUCUAUUAAUAGAUUAAAUUUAAUGUUAUUAGCUUCA